AUGGCGGCGCCUCCCCGCGGCGAGCGCUGCGCCGUGUGCCGCGGCGCCGACAUCUCCGUCCCCCACCAGGCCAACUGCUCCCACUGGUUCUGCGGACAUUGCAUCGUGGGUGUCUGGCUACAUGGAUCCGUCCUUCGGCCAUCUGAUUGUCCUCUUUGCCGUCGACCCAUAACUCUGCUUGUACCUUCUGAAGUUGCUUCCCUGCUGCGUGAUGAACCAGAGAUCGCUCCUGUUGUGGAACGGAUCGAGCAGUACAAUGGGCGUUUUGCUGGUACUCCUCACAGUGCGAUUCAGUGGUUGCUGGACCAGCCCUUUUACAUCAGGAGGAUGCUGACAGAAUUCAGAGACACGCGCCGUGAACCUCCCCUGUUCUUCAAAAUCCAAGUCGCGCUGGCAGUAGCCCUUUCUCUGCUGUACCUGGUGAGCCCUAUCGACCUUCUUCCUGAAGCCGUCUUGGGGUAUCGUGGUCUGCUGGACGACAUCGUGGUGUUUAUCAUCGCCUACGCCUACAUCUCCGCUGCCUACCGUGCCGUCCUCGUUGCUCGACAUGCUGCGUGA